AUGCCGGAUUUUCCCCAGCUCCUCCCUGGACUGCUUCUGCUCUGGCUAUCUGCUAGCCUGGCCCACCAUGGCUCCCCACUCUGGAGAGGCCCCCAUAUCCACCCUCAUGGGACCCCACGCUGCUACUCAGCUGAGGACCUGGCCCGGGACCACGCACCUGCACAUCUGUUGGCUCGAGCUGCCAAGUGGGAGCAGACUUUGCCGGUAGCCCUGGUGUCCAGCCUGGAGGCAGCAGGCAGCAGGAGGUUGCAGGAGGGGCCCCCAGCUGAGACCCAGUGCCCCGUGCUGCAGCCUGAGGAAGUACUGGACGCGGACAUCCACCAGCGCUCCAUCUCUCCCUGGAGAUACCGCGUGGACACGGACGAGAACCGCUACCCACAGAAGCUGGCCUUCGCCGAGUGCCUGUGCCGGGGCUGCAUCAACACCAGGACGGGCCGCGAGACGGCAGCCCUCAGCUCCGUGCCGCUGCACCAGAGCCUGCUGGUGCUGCGCCGCCAGCCCUGCUCCUCGGACACGUCGGGGGUGCCCACGCCCGGGGCCUUCGCCUUCCACAUCGAGUCCAUCCGAGUGCCCAUUGGCUGCACCUGUGUCCUGCCCAGGGUGGUACGGUGA